AUGAUGUGCGACGUGAUGCCAACGAUUUCGGAGGAUGGGUCGAAUGAUCGGGAGUCUCAGGGCUCUCAAGAUGACGCCAAUUUCGAACAGCUCAUGGUUAACAUGCUGGAUGAACGCGACAAGUUGAUGGAAACCUUACGUGAGACUCAAGAUGCUUAUAGUCUUGCACAGGCGAAAUUAGCUGAAGUUGAAAGGGAAAGGGACGCAUUUCAAAAACAAUUACAGGCUACCACCCCUCAGGAAUUUGCUACAAUUACAAAGGAAUUGAGUGCUGCUCGAGAACAGUUAUUAGAACGAGAAGAGGAAAUAUCAGAGUUGAAGGCAGAACGAAAUAACACUAGAUUACUGCUGGAGCACCUGGAGUGCCUUGUUGCUCGACAUGAACGCUCACUCAGGAUGACGGUUGUGAAACGACAGGCCUCGUCCCCAGGUGGAGUUUCUAGUGAGGUAGAAGUUUUGAAGGCACUUAAGUCCCUUUUUGAACAUCAUAAAGCACUUGAUGAAAAGGUUCGGGAACGACUACGGGUAUCAUUGGAACGCGUUGCAGUAUUAGAAGAGGAGCUCUCAAAUGCAAAUCAAGAGCUGUUCACACUGCGGGAGCAGCAAGCAAAGUCAAGACAUUCAAGUGGCAGCACUGAAGAUGGCAAACUCCUUAAGGGAACCUCCUCGGAGGGUACACAAGAUGGUGAUGGUAAAGACCUUCAUCCUAAGAGGUUAUCCAAUGGAUCCAUAGACCCUGACUCUGAUAUUAACCGUGUGAUAGAACUUCAAGAAACAGUUGAGAAGCAAAAUUCAGAACUAACUUCUACUAGGACAAAUAUAUUAGAACUCACAAAUAAAUGUACAGAAUUUGAAGAAACAUUAACAUCCACUCAAAAAGAUUUAAUAAAAUCUCAAGAACAAUUAGUUAAACUACAAAGAGAUUUGAGAGAAUCUGUGGCACAAAAAGAAGACCAAGAAGAAAGAAUUGCUACAUUAGAAAAACGAUAUAUAAAUGCUCAAAGAGAGUCUACAUCUUUACAUGAUUUGAAUGAUAAAUUGGAAACUGAACUUGCCUUGAAAGAAUCUCAAUUAAAGGCUAGUGAAGAAAAAAUAAGAGUCAUUCAAGAAAAGUUGGAAUUAGCUGAACAAAAACUUCAGCAGUCACUACGCAAAGCAGAAGCUCUUCCAAGUGUAGAAGCUGAGUUAGCACAACGUAUGGAAGCUCUAAGUCAGGCUGAACAGCAGCAUGGAAAUGCACAGGAGAAGUUGCUGACUUUAGAGCAAAGCCUGACAGAUCAAACUAAUGAAUUACAAAGGGCACGCCAACGUGAGAAAAAAAUGAACGAAGACCACAAUGCACGUCUUUCUGCCACUGUAGACAAACUAUUAACUGAAUCAAGUGAACGUUUGCAGCUUCAUCUGAAAGAACGCAUGCAAGCACUUGAAGAGAAAAAUCAACUGACUCAAGAGCUAGAGCGUACCAGAAAAUCACUUGAUGAAACACAAAGUGAAAAAGAGAGAAUCUAUGAAGAUUUGACCAGAGCUAAAAAAGAGCUAGAAGUCAUGAGAGUUCAACUUGAUCAACUCUCAAGGGCAGCCAUUGGCAGUCAGUAUACUCCAAUGCCCCCAAAUGUUGUGAUUCAGGGAACUGGUGAAGACACUGUCUCUCGGAGACCACAACGUGGUAGAGAACAAGCUCUUGUUGAUGAUCCUUCAAAGGUCAAUACACUGAAUGAGCAGGAAUGGGAGAAAAUACAGCAAGCCCAUGUGUUGGCUAAUGUACAACAAGCAUUUGAUACAAGUGAUACAGAAGGAGCUGAUGAAACAGAAUCUCUGUAUGGACCUGUGGAUUUGCUUUCACCUUCAGGUCAUACAGAUGCCCAGACAUUGGCCCUCAUGAUACAAGAACAGUUAGAUGCAAUCAAUAAUGAAAUUAGAUUAAUACAAGAAGAAAAGGAGAGCACUGAACAGCGAGCUGAAGAAUUGGAGAGCAGGGUAGGGAGUGGAAGUCUUGAUGCAAUAGCCAACAGAUGGCGCUCAGGUUAUGAGCGAUCGUCUCCACCAUUGAGUGGGCGGUCCACGCCAACUCCAAGAUCAUAUCAGUCCAGAGAUUAUCUCCAAAAAUAUCAUACAGCGCCUGCAGGUAUGUCUGCAGCACAUAUGCACACCUACUCAUCCUCUAGUCCACAGUUAGCUACUGGCACUGAUUCUUCAACAUCACAGCCUGCUGUUCAGUAUAGUCGUGAUGAUAGUGCAAUCCCUGAAGAAGGACAUCAAAUCAAAUGUGAAUCUAGUCCACCAACACCACAUUCUAUCCGAUUGGAACGUGUAGCUGCUGCUUUAGCCCAAAGUGGUGAUGAAAGGAUUUCUUCUGAGAUGACACACAAAUUGAGGAGGGCAGUAAUGAUUGAUAGUGCUCACAGCUCCCCUAGUCCUUUAAGCAGUGCCAAUAGCAGCCAAGACUCCUUGCACAAACACCAAAAAAAGCGUGGUAUAAAAAGCUCUAUAGGAAGACUUUUCAGCAAAAAAGAAAAACAGAAGACAAAAGAUGCAAUGAUAAGAGGAGAAAAUAUGGCCACUGGUGGUCAAUACGGCGAUGGUCUUGAAGCAGGCUCAUCAGAUACUCUAGCAUUAGGAUUAGGCCAAUCUGAAUUUGAUCGUAGGAAAAAGAAAAAGCAUGAAUUACUGGAAGAGGCAAUGAAAGCUGGUACUCCAUUUGCCCUAUGGAACGGACCUACUGUUGUUGCUUGGCUAGAGUUAUGGGUUGGCAUGCCUGCCUGGUAUGUAGCUGCAUGUCGAGCUAAUGUGAAAAGUGGUGCCAUUAUGUCAGCCCUGUCAGACCAAGAAAUACAGCGAGAAAUUGGCAUCAGUAAUCCACUUCACCGCCUUAAGUUGCGUUUAGCCAUUCAAGAGAUGGUCAGCCUUACGAGCCCAUCAGCACCAAAGCCUUCCCAGACACCUUUGGCGUUUGGUGAUAUGAACCAUGAGUGGAUAGGCAAUGAAUGGCUACCCAGCCUCGGUUUACCUCAAUACCGGAGCACAUUUAUGGAAUGCCUCGUGGAUGCACGAAUGCUGGAUCAUUUAACAAAGAAAGAUUUGCGUGGGCAAUUAAAAAUGGUAGAUAGUUUUCAUCGGACAAGUUUGCAAUACGGGAUAAAUUGUUUGAAAAAAGUAAAUUAUGACAGAAAAGAACUUGAACGACGCCGUGAGGAAAGUUCAUCAGAAAUUAAAGACGUGCUUGUGUGGACAAAUGAACGUGUCAUCAAAUGGGUCCAAUCAAUUGGUUUGAAAGAAUUUGCAAAUAAUUUAUUUGAAUCUGGAGUUCAUGGAGCAUUAGUUGCAUUGGAUGAAAGUUUUGAUCAUAACAGUAUGGCGUUAGCCUUACAAAUUCCAACACAGAAUACUCAGACCAGACAGCUAUUAGAACGGGAAUUCAAUAACAUGCUUGCCUUAGGGACUGAGCGGCGAUUGGAUGAGGUGCACAGCAGGCUACCGCUAAGCGUGCAGGGACCGCCCUCUGUUAAGUGUGACUCCCUCCUCCCUUCAAUGGGUGAAGGUGGAAAAUUCAGACGUGCUCCAUCUUGGCGUAAAAAGUUUAAAACCAAGGAUGGCAAAGGGCGAGAGGGUUCUACAGAAGAAAAUGUUGAAUCGCCAACAGCAUCAUCAGCAAGCACCACCACCACUACAACCACAACAACAACAACAACAACAGGGGAAACAUUUGCCAGUCAGCAACAGUCACCCCAGCGAAGCCGGCGAGCUCCUGAUACUUCAACACUGUCUCGUCGACCCCCAGAAAAUAUGCGCAACUACUGA